AUGGCAAUCCAGCAGAUAGAUGGCAGGGGGCGGGUGGCAGCCGGGCCCUUUGAACAGAGGAGGGGCAGCCACCAUGAGGACAAGAAGCAGACGCUGCUGGCGUUGCUGGUCUUGGUGCUGUACUUGAGCACAGGGAUAACAGGAAGAGAUUGGGAGGCGUCAGAAAGGAUCAGAGACUGUAACUACUACCAGAAUCUUGUGGCUUCCCAGGGGCUUGAGCAUCAGACCGAUGAUCCCGCAGAAGAGCCUAUAAAGGCCACCAGGAAGUGGUUGAAGGAGAGCUUGCAUAUUUUCCUGGAGAAGUUAGAGGAAGAGGUGCGAGAGCUGGAGCAGCUGGUGCGGGACCUGGACCUAUGGCUGGACACUCUUCUGGGAGAGCAGCACUGGGAGGAGUCCUGCCCUGCCUGCAAAUGUCACAUGUGA